GCCUAUUUCAGCAUCGAAUCCUGGGACGACUAUCCCGCGUCAAAAUUAAUUCGCACCGUUUCAGCCUUGCGUUCGUUGUUCCAAGGCUGUAAUGUUAGUUCUCUCGAUCAAAGUUCUUAGCCACGGCCCAUCAAAAAGGUGUGCAAUCUCAUUCUUAACGGUAAGGGAUUGAGCAAACUUCAGGAUACGACACGCAAUGGAUAAAAAGGUCAAAGAAGUGGCUCAAGAAGAUGCCGAACGCAUCAAGAUGCUUGCAGCGCAAGCGAUCAAGAGCCGAGCGUAUCUAUAUCCCUUCAAGGGUAUUUUGUUCUUUGCAUCCCACCGCGAUCUAUGGAGACCGCUGAUGUCGAGACUCACGCCUACGAUCUCCACCGCUGUCGGCGUUACAUCGGCCAUGUUCAUGUUCACUUACGUGCCACAAGCUGCAAUACUCACGAUAUUCAAUGGACCUCUAGCGAUCUUCUCUACCAUGAUGCUUGUGCUUAGCGAGAGUGCUACGAUCACGAAUGUCUUAACAAAAUCUUUUUUCAUCCAGGAUGCGUUACUAGACACCUUUGAUGGAACCCUUGUUGCAAGGAACCAGGCAAAUAUAGUGGCGGAAGGUCGCGACUUGAAGUCCGGUGGCGAUGCAAUGGCUCGGCUGGGCAAGGUUAUGAAGAAGCCGUUUGCCCGAUUCACGCCAAAGGCGAUCAUCCGCUACUUUAUGUAUCUUCCUUUAAAUUUUAUUCCGGUAGUUGGUACAGUGAUCUUUUUAGUUCUUCAAGGCCGGAAGUUCGGGCCCCAGGCACAUGCCCGGUACUUUCAGCUGAAGAAGAUGAGUAACCACCGCAGGGAAGAGUUCGUCGAGCAGAGAAAGGCCGCGUACACUAGCUUUGGUAUCACGGCAACAUUGCUUGAAAUGGUUCCAUUUGUUGGCAUCCUAUUUACAUUCACAAACACGGUUGGUGCGGCAUUAUGGGCUGCAGACCUCGAAAAAGAAAACAGUACGGCACCCAGGCUGCAAGAGCAAGCCGCUUCUGCUUCGAAAAGUGACUAGUAGAAUUGAAAAGACGGAUGAAACUUGCAAUGUAUACGUAAUCCCCGGUAGCAAAGAUAUGACUUGGAAAGUAGGAACGGCUUCCUAUUAGAUCUGACUUGACCAGCGCGACGUAAAGACAUUUCUAUUCCACCUUGUUUGAUGGCUGCAUUAGAUAUAAUUUUUACUAUACCAUUUUUAUCAAACAAGGGAUGUAGACUUCAG